AUGCCUCGCCCGCGAAGACCCGGCGCGCCGGAGCCUAAGCGCCGGAGUCGGAAAGGAUGCUGGCCCUGCAAAGCUCGCAAAGUGAAAUGUGGUGAGGAGAAACCCAUGUGCCUCAACUGUCAGCGACAGGGAGAAGCAUGCGAUUAUAGCGUGCGCCUGAAUUGGGGUGGUAGAACUAAACGCUCAUCCGUCGAUUCUCCCAGCUCCCAGUCCAGUGGAUAUGGGGGGACGUUGAUUGGGUUUGCAGAUGUCACGCCGACUAGUGUCAACCCGGCACAAAUGCCGACUCCAAUGACCAGUGCUCCUGCAGAGGGUUUCAUUCAUGUCCGCGCUAGCGACCUGGGCUCUCCAGGAGCCAUCUCACCCAGUACACCGGCACUCGGUAUUUUCGAGUCCCCGAAGCCCCACUCGGUGUCUGAAGGGGUCCAUUCGCCGACUCAAGAUGAAGGACAUUUCGCUACCACUUGGGCGGAGCAUUCAUCCCUAUCCAGUUCGGUUUCGCCUGGUCAAUUCCCAUUUGGCCAGGGUUUCCACGGAUCAUUCUCAGCGGCGGCCGAUCAGGGUGUGGGCCUUCGGUCUCUCUCCGCGUUUGCAUUCCACUCCACUCCAGUGUCGCAGCCGGUGUCCUUUCUUCGCAACUCGGUAGAUGCUUCCAAUGAUCUGUCUGAUCUAUCACCACAUCACAAUCAGAAUGAGGCUCAGCUAUCUCCGCAUAAUGAGCAUGGAAUGGGAUAUUCCAUGAGCUCGACCCAUCCUGAUGGACAUCAUCGCGACCUGCCUAGUGCCGGCGGUAUCGCUGCGUUGAUGCUUGGUUCUCACGAGGUGGGAACUCCUGGCACGUCAUCUUCGGGUCAUGAUGGUAUGGCAUUCGGAUCAACACCUGCAAACCAAACCGAGUCGCUGCAUUCAUUCCAUCAGUCGGACGUGUUGUCGCCCGAUGCCAAAGAGGAUGACCGGGCUGCCAAGGAUGCGAAUUUAGCUCAAAGCAAGUGGCAGGCAUAUCUCACCAGUGUUACCGACAAUUAUGGUCUGGAUUGCGGACGUCCAGACCGAGAUCUAGCUUUCAAUAAUGACCACGCCGCGAUCGACAUUAAUGCCGCUUUAGACAUGAUCAGCUCGCGAGGGCGAAGUGAGGACACUGCAUCCUCGCCGGUAUCCCGAGCUGCAUCCGAUAUCAUAAAACCCGAUUAUAGUGGGUAUUAUGCGACCCCAGUGGCCAUCAACAUCCCGAGAUAUCUGUCUCCACUUCCGAAGACGCUGUUGGAGAACCCGAUCAACCUGAUGUACUUUCAUCAUUUUCUCAACCACACAUCUCGGAUGCUGGUUCCGCAUGAUUGUGAUAAUAAUCCGUUCAUCUCUGUCCUGCCGGCGAUGGCCAUUGGCGAUCCCAAUCUCUUAAAUUUGCUUUUGGCGUACUCGGCGAGUCAUCGUGCCCGGUAUCUGGGUCAUCCAGAGCCGGCCAACCGCAUUGCGCACUUCGUUAGCGAUGUGUUUCCGACCUUGCGUGUGGCGUUGGAAUCAUCUCAUGAUGAGAUCACCGACGGUCAUCUGGCAACUUCUAUUUUGCUUUUGUCACUGAAGAUUGUUUCUCCUGGGACGUUCGAGGUACCCAUCACGUGGCAAAGCCAUCUGAAGCUUGCACGAGAUUUGUUCCUAGCCAGGAGUGAGCGUAUCGCACGACCAGGUAAUCGAAUCGGUGCCUUCUUUGCCCGCUGGCUGUGCUAUAUCGACACCAUGGGCGCUCUGUCCUGUCGUGAAGCGGGUCCUCCGUUGAUGCUGUACCAUACUGUACUGGCGGCUUGCUGCGGUCCCAACAAUCACGAUGAGUUCUGUGUCGACUGCUUCUCGGGAUGCACUCCGCGGACUGGAUUCUUCCUUAUCCGUCUUGCACGAUUAGUUCAGCAAUGCGACAAUCAGCGGUUUGAUGAAAUGGGCAAUUUCCGAGAAGGAUGGCACCCGUCUGCGGAUAUGGUUAUGGAAGCCCAGGCCGUCCUGGGUGACAUGGAUGGCCUAGGUGACCGCGCCCAUGCAGACCCAGAUCAUCAUCUGGGUGAAAGUGGAGAUAUGAUGGCCAUUGAAGAGGCCUUCCGAUGUGCAGGUCUGCUCCACCUUCACCGGCGGGUGUUGGGGUCAUCCCCCGACUCUUUCCCUGUCAAAGAGGCUCUGCGUAAGCUUACUGGAGCCCUGGAACGUAUGCGGCUUGGAGCAUCCACUGAGGUGUGUGCACUGUUCCCGCUUUUCACUGCUGGAUGUGAAUCUCGAGACCCCGCGCAGCGCAGAAAGCUGCUGAAUCGGUUCUUCGUGCUGGAAAAGUCGGGGCUGAAGCAGAUACAAAAUGCUCGUCAGUUGAUGCAGCACUGCUGGGAUGACAAGCUGCCGUGGAUUGCACUGGCGGAGGGUGAAUUCCUUGGAUGA